AUGGUAUGUAUUAGCACAGUUGCUUAUUCUGUUAUAAUAAAUGUCAAGCCAACCAAGCCAUUUGAGGCAAGAAAGGGACUUAGACAAGGGGACCCGUUAUCACCCCUGCUAUUUGUGAUGGCCAUGGAGUAUCUAUGCACACUGCUGAAGCCACUGAAAGAGAAUAAGGAUUUCAAAUUUCACCCAAAAUGUGCUAAAGUCAACUUAGUACAAUUGAGAUUUGCUGAUGACUUAUUAUUGUUCUGUAAAGGAGACAUAAAAUCAGUCAAGAUUCUGCACAAACAGUUUCAAACUUUCUCUGCAGCAUCAGGCCUAAUUGCAAAUCCAAAUAAGAGCAGCAUCUACUUUGGAGGAGUGGACAAUAGGACACAACAACAUAUUAUGAAUAUGUUAGGAUACACUAAAGAAAAAUUACCUUUCAUGUACCUAGGAGUCCCUUUGAGCACAAAAAGACUGACGGCUAUGCAAUGUGAACCCCUAAUUGAUAGAAUGUUGAACAGGAUCCAAUGUUGGACAACAAGGUUUUUAUCAUAUGCAGGCAGAGCAAUGCUUAUCAAAAGUUUACUACGGGCAAUUCAGACAUUCUGGGCUCAAAUUUUUGUUCUGCCAAAAAAGAUCAUACAGUUCAUAGAAACAAUAUGCAGGAGAUUCUUAUGGUCGGGGAGUGCUGAACCUACCAAGAAGACAUUGAUUGCUUGGGAUAAAUUCUAUAUGCAAGCUCUAUGGAAUAUUUGCACAAAGAAGGAAAAGUUGUGGGUCCAGUGGAUACAUGCUUACUACAUAAAGGGGGGUACUAUAUGGAACACAGAACCAAAGAGUGCAUCGUGGGUUAUCCAAAAGAUUAUCAAGGCAAAAAGACACUUUGAGGAUGCUGGUUAUACAGAAGUGGAGGUGACCAAGAUAGAGAAGUUCUCUGUGAAGGACAUGCACAAAUCAAUGCAAGGGGAAUUUCAGAAGGAGUCAUGGAGGAAGUUAGUAUGCAAUAACCAUGGACUCCCAAAGUGGAUAUUCAUACUAAGUUUGGCAAUACAAGAUAAGCUAGCUACGAAAGAAAGGUUAGCAAGAUGGGGGACCAUAGAAGACAAAACAUGCUCACUUUGUCAAAGAGAAAAUGAAACUGUACAGCACUUAUUUUUUGAUUGGGAGAUGCCAGCAACUCUAUGGCAGACUCUUUUACACUGGCAAGGCAUUAAGAGAACUAAGAAUGAUUGGCAGGAAGAACUAAAGUGGAUAGAAAGGGUGGCUAAAGGGAAGAGUGCAGGAGCAGCAAUUUGCAGAAUGGUGCUAGCAGCAGCAGUCUAUCACAUUUGGCAAGCAUGA